CCGCUUCAUACAUGUCCGCGGAUUCAUAACUCAACUUACACAUCACUCUGACUCAAUUUCCAUCCAUCUCCUGCCCACGUAUCAUUCCCAUUACUAUCAGCUCGGCAAUACUGGUUGGCCCUUUCUUUUGUUGCAUGUAUUCCGGAGCACAAUGCGCAUUUCAAACCCUUUCGCUUAGGUCCGGCCCGGCCGUACGUGCACACGACAGCGGAACAUACCGUUGAUCAGGGUCCUCCCUCCUGGCGUAAGCCAGCCAAGCGCCUGAAACUCCCAACGCAUUACAUAUUACUGUCCUUCGACAGCAUGAGGGCAUCACAGAGGACGAGUCCCUUCCUGGCUCUUCGACAUGGCAUCUCGAGCUCGCUGCUACCAAGUCGCCACUGGGAUGCAGCCCCGCGACUGACUUCCAGCCGAGCUGUCAGCUCCUCGGCUGCGCCAGUCACCAGCAACAUCGAUGGGAACAUCGCGCCCGCGCCAGAACCAACUCCAACUCGCUCCAGUCGGCUCAAGGAGGCCAAGCCCUUUUCCGACUUCCUGACGGACACGUUCCACCGUCAGCACGACUACCUCAGGAUCUCCGUCACGGAGCGCUGUAAUCUACGAUGCGUCUACUGCAUGCCCGAAGAGGGCGUGCCCCUCUCGCCCAACGAGCACUUGUUGACGACACCUGAGAUCGUCAUGCUCUCGUCCGUCUUUGUGCACCAAGGCGUCACCAAGAUUCGGUUGACGGGGGGCGAGCCUACCGUGCGGCGGGACAUUGUGCCCCUGAUGCAACAGCUCGGCACCUUGAGACCCCACGGCCUGAAUGAAAUCUGCCUGACCACGAACGGAAUAUCACUCCAUCGGAAGCUGGACAGCAUGGUCGAGGCGGGCUUGACGGGCGUCAACCUCAGCCUGGAUACCCUCGACCCCUUUCAGUUCCAAAUCAUGACCCGCCGCAAAGGGUUCGCGGCGGUGCAGAAGAGCAUUGACCGCAUCCUGGAGAUGAAUCGACUGGGGGCCGGGAUCAAGCUCAAGAUCAACUGCGUCGUCAUGCGGGGCGUGAACGACCGGGAGAUCCUGCCCUUUGUCGAGAUGACGCGCGAAAAGGAUGUCGAGGUUCGCUUCAUCGAGUACAUGCCCUUUGACGGGAACAAGUGGAGCAAGAAGAAGAUGUACAGCUACGGCGAGAUGCUGGAUCUGAUCCGAGAGCACCACCCGGGCCUGGACAAGGUACGCGACCACAAGAACGACACGAGCAAGACCUGGCAGGUCCCGGGCCACGUCGGUCGCCUGGGCUUCAUCACGAGCAUGACGCACAACUUCUGCGGCACCUGCAACCGCCUCCGCAUCACCAGCGACGGGAACCUCAAGGUCUGCCUGUUUGGGAACGCAGAGGUAUCGCUGCGCGACAUUCUACGGCAAGCCAACGGCGGCAGUCCCAUUGACGAGCAAGCGUACGAAGCCAUGAAGCAGAUUGAGAUGGACAGGCGGCAGAAUUUGGUACCGCAGGAGCAAGCCUUGGGGAUCGCACCGGCGGAGGCUGAGCUGCUGCACGUCAUUGGCAUGGCUGUCAAGCGGAAGAAAGCCAAGCAUGCUGGCAUGGGCGAGCUGGAGCAUAUGAAAAAUAGGCCCAUGAUAUUGAUCGGUGGGUGAGCGUUUUCAUACAUACGCAUAUAUUUCACCAUCAUUAUAUCCCCUAGUACAAUACGUCAAUAAAUAAGUAUGUAAAUGCGUAC